GCGGUAGGGAGAAGACAGUGACUGGGAAAGUGGAAGAACGGCUCGCUCGGACAGCUGAUGUAAUGGUGGCAGUUGGGCGCUGAGGACAGAUGGCGGUGUGUGCUAGGCUCUGUGGAGUGGGGCAGUCGCGCCGGUGCAGGCGGAAGCAGAGACAGGGCCAGCGCGACCGGGAGAGCGACUCUGAGAUGGACAUGGACGAGGAAGAGGAGGAGGAGAAGAUCGUGGGGAAAAGCAAAGCUCUGACUGACAGCAGCUGUCCUAAACGGCCUGGCGCUGAGUGCGAGGGCACCUCGGCCGAUGGAAGCGACAUCGGAAUGUGCUGUCAGGGAGAGGAGGAGGCUGAAGAGGACACGGCCUGGACUGCUACUGCGCCUCCGCGGCCGCAAUCUUUACUCGAUUUACCUCCCGAAUUGCUAAUGGAAAUCUUCUCAUCUCUGCCUGGCACUGCGCUGCCCAAUCUGUCUCUGGUGUGCAAGAAAUUUAAGCAGAUCCUAAGUACAGAGACCAUAUGGAGAAGACGCUGUGCAGAGGAAUUUGGCAUGAAAGAUGACCUAAGGAAGAUGGAGGUGGCAGGGGUGUCAAGCAGGGAGCUUUAUGUGAAACGUGUGAACCCUCGAGUGAAGUCAGGACGCUUUAUGAAGCUCCUGCCGGAUUACGAGCACAUGGACUAUCGGGAUGUGUACGCACACUUGCUCCAUCCGUACAGACACGUUUUGGGUCUGUGGCAGCCUGACAUUGGUCCCUAUGGAGGCCUGCUGAACGUAGUGGUGGAUGGCUUGUUCAUCAUUGGCUGGAUGUACCUGCCACCCCAUGACCCACGUGUGGAGGACCCAAUGAGACGCCGCCCUCUCUUCCGAAUUCACAUGUGGGAGAGUAACAAAGCCAGUGUAGAGUGUAUGUACGGCCACAAGGGGCCCCAUAAAGGAGACAUUCAGACAGUAAAAAAAGAUGAGUUCUCUACCAAAUGCAACCAGACAGAUCACCAUCGAAUGCCUGGGGGAAGACAAGAGGAGUUUCGUACUUGGCUGGAAGAAGAAUGGGGACGGACAUUAGAAGAUAUUUUUCAUGAACACAUGCAGGAGCUGAUUCUUAUGAAGUUUAUCUACACCAGUCAAUAUGAUAAUUGCUUGACAUAUCGGCGGAUCUACCUGCCCCCAUGCCUACCUUCAGACCUGCUGAAGCCUGGCCUUUUUAAAGGCACAUACGGCAGCCACGGCCUAGAGAUCAUCAUGCUGAGCUUCCAUGGCUCUCGGGCCAAAGCCACCAAACUUACAGGUGACCCUAAUGUGCCAGCGGGACAGCUGACUUUAGACAUAGACCUGCGAAGUCCAGUGCAGCUGCCUGACCUGGAGAGCCAGCGGAAAAUCGAGGAGUUGUCUCGGCUAGUGAUGGGGGUGCAUGAAGAACUCCAGAGAGGUGCCCAGGGCACUGACGCUGCUUCAACAGGUGCCUCCGCUGCAGAGGGCUUUGAUGGCGCUCCUGCAUCUGGAGCAGAGGACGAUGACGGCGAGAAAGCAGCUUGUUCUAGCACCAGAGCUGAACCUCAACCAUUCAUCUUGCCUUUAGGGGUCAUGGCCCGCAAUGAGGUGUACCCACGCACAUGCAAGAUUUGUUUCUACGGAACAGGUCUGAUAGCGGGUCAUGGCUUCACAAGUCCAGAGCGCACCCCUGGCCUGUUUGUUCUCUUUGACGAUGACCGCUUCGGGUUCAUCUGGCUUGAACUGAAGUCUUUCAGCCUGUACAGCCGCUUAACUGAUGAGCUGGAGCACGCUCAUGCUCCCAGCAUGGAGCAUUUUGAGGCUAUGCUUUGCAACAUGCAGUCCUGGACAUCCUGAUGAGCAGCCUUCUCAGCCAUACUCUUUUACAUUAUGCACACUUCAGAAGGGUUGGCAGUUCCAGACUUGCAGUACCGUGUCUUCAAGUGCUCUGGCUCGACUCAUAUACUAAUAAUCAAUUAUGAGUACAUGCUGUUGUGUUGAUAAAAGCGUGUAUUGUAGCGCUGUCCCAGGACUGGAACUGCCCAUCCCGCCCUACAUGCCAUAAUAUCUGGAUUAUCUUAUCUGCUCCGUAUGUCCCUAAACAACCUGAGAAACCUCCCAAUAAUCUUAAUGUGCAGAUAAAUCUAACCACACAGGUAUGUUUGCAGCUACAAGUUUAUACAAGUUGCAUUAUGUACUAAGGCUUUCUUGUCAGCUUUUAAUUUAUUUAUUUUUGUAACCUGAAUACAAUGACGACAAGGAAGAUAAUGCAAUUCACCCACAAUGAGCUACGUUUGCCUUUAGUUUUGCCUCUGAGUUUGUCAUUACUAUAUUUAUUUCUUAGUCUUUAGAAAUGUGUAGCUGCCAGUACUCUUGAAGUCAUUUAAUUUAAAUGUGAAUUUAUAAUGGCCUGUCUCCAGGGAUAGAUUUUUGA